AUGUCUCCCAAGCCGUCCCCUGAUCGGGACAUUACGGAGAUUUUCAACCGGCAUCGCGUCACCAACAUUCCCUCCGACCAGAAAGAAUUACUCGAGAGACCAGACUCGUGGGCAGUCGAGCUCGAGAACACACCCCACGGCCUAUCGCAACUUCCAGGACACGUUCUUGAGACAGUGAAAGCAACGUAUGUUGCUAACAAGGACACAAUUCAAGAGCGUACUCCAAUCUCGAAAAAGCGCAGUGGGAGUCCUAUAACAUCAGCAAGCAAUAAACGGAGCCGAAAUGGCAACGCGAGCACACCUGGAUCCGGCCAUGCGAAGCCCCCACAAUCGUCUCCCGAACGCGCUGUGUCCUGGUCCCGAUCGCCAGAGCGCAUUCCUUUAAAAGACCCAGAUUGUAUAACGGUAGCUGUAGCUGUUGACCAUAACACCCAGUCAUCCAUUGUCCACGAAACACCAAAAACGGGCUUCGGACGCCCACAGCGACCAACUUCAAAGCCAAUCAUUGAGAACCCACCUUCGUCCGAGGAGACUGAAGACGACUUGGAAACACGGAUUCCAGAUGCUCAACCUCUUCACAAUGGCUCCAUCAAUAGAACGGCAGUGCGCUCUAAGCCGACUGCACCAUCUCCGCUAUCCACCAAAAGGACCAUGGCUACACCGCCAUGCGCCCAACCAAGCAACACGGCUCAAACGGUGGUGCCAAACACCGUAUUCACAAACAAAGAAAAUUUUCGCGGCAAUGAGAGUCCGAAGACUCGUCGAUAUAUAUUCAAACCAAUCGAUAUGGACGAUGUGGGUAGGAAAAGGAGGAAAAGUUAUAACGAAAAAGAUCGUCUGCCGCCGACCAUAAUGCCCCCAAAAGUCGACAGUUCAAUGCCAGCAUCGUCCGAUUCCAUUAUCCCAUUCACGGGCAAUGUACCUACCACACAAGAGUCCAUCAGAGACAUCAGAGAGUCAAUUGAAGUGAAGGAAGAAGAUGAGAUGAUGGAUCACGUAGAGGAAAUUGUUCCUUCGACGAACCUCCAAGGAUCAACUGUGGAUCGCCCGGUUGUCCAUGGUACUGACGAGAAGAAGCCAAGUAACGAGAGCAAGCCCACAAAACAACCGACCACAUCUUCUCAGAUGAGUUCGUCAAAGGCGAAUGCAUCAACGAAUUCUCAACCACAGAUAAAUGACCAGAUGGCGACAGAAAAGCCGCCUGCUCCUGCACCACUCAUAGCGCCAGGCGCUCCUCUGGAACCCUACGAAGCAUUUGUGCAGCAAUACCCAGACUACCCUGGUGACAACGGUGGUGACAAGCUGCCCGGGAACAAGUCCAAUUUCAUUUAUGCAUGUGUAUACCUCAACUACCUACGUCCAAGAAAGCAGCUUCGAGACUGCCUAUAUGACGAGUUCAUCCGAGCUUACCCGUGCUCUUAUGGGGAGUACGUCAAACGCUCGCGUUUGGAACCUAUGGUUGCCAUUAAGUGGUUCAAUCAGCAAAAAGGUCCCUUGAUAUAUAAUAAAUAUCUUGUGAACAGGGGCAAUCUGAGUCAUAUCCUCAGAUCGUACCCCGAGGAAUUCGCAAAAGCAAACGAGCUGGUAUCAAAGAAAAACGGGGAUGAUGCUGGCGAAGAUGACAUAAUGAUCUAUACAAGCUCAGAGGACGAGGGAGAGUUUGAUGAGGACGACAGCCGGCGCUCGGUUUCCCGAUCUUCCCAACAUUCUUCGGACAGGAGAAGCGUCGAGUCACCACAGCCAAUUGCAACUAUCGAGAAUGAUAUGGAAAUCGACCUCCCUGAAAUUCCGUCCGCGCCUCCUUCAACUUCCAGCAGACGAAGGCCAUCAUUGGCAUCGACGAAUGAUUUGGAAAUAGUCUCGAAACCUACGCCAACAACAAAGCCCACCACUCCUGCACAGCCAUAUAUCAGACGCCGGAAUACAGCUUCGGAGAGAAGGCCACUCCAGUCCUCACGAGUUCAAGAGAUAUUGACUCAGCCUCCUCCACCCACUUCACCCCAAAUGCCACAAACCUCAAUGCUACCACCGUCCACUAUAGGAGGCUCAGCAAUCAAGUCGACGGCUCCUCGGCCAUCACAGUAUUUCAAAAAGAUAUCUGUGGACAACCUACUAAAGGCAACACCAAAGAAACGCUCGGCCAAGGAUCUUGAAAAGCUUCGAGAGCAUUUCAGAAGAUCGAAAGGGACGGGUGCGCAAGAUCGUCGAAGCAGCAGUGGCCGGUUUGAAUAG